AUGGACAGCAGCCAGAAUAUUUUGAACAAGGCGGUGGAAAAGACCGAGAAGAAAGCUGAAAUUCCACUAAGAAGAGUGAAGCAAGCGAAGGCCGUCAAGAUCCCACAACUAAAUGAUGAAUCCAUAUCAUCAGAAGAUUGUGAACAUCAUUCACUGUGGGAAAAGAGUGUAAACUGUAGGAUGGUGUUGGCAGCAUUUGUUUCAAACUUGGAGGAGCCUACACGCAAAUGCAAGCCUCAGUUGACAAAGACUCAAGUUUGGCCAUGGAUGUAUUAA